AUUAGGAAUGAGAUGGUAUAGGCUACGUAUAAUCCUUGUGUAAGCUUAAAGCGCAAAGACGAAAAGCAGAUUUUGCAGUCGCUUGAAGCUGUUUACAGUCAUGGUUGUUGCUCUGGUUAUUCUUAUCGAUAACUGCGAAAUAUUAACUCAGUCCGUCAAGUUCGAGGUCUUCCGACGCAGCAGUGGCUGCUGAGAUGUGGAAAGAGCUUCAGUCGUUCAUUCCCCUCGGCUAUGCAGCGGCAGCGAUUGGCCUGUUUCUGUUGCGGAAAUGGAUCGCAGGUGGGGUGUGCCAUAGUAAAGUGCAUCUGUCCGGUAAAACGGUUCUGAUUACUGGGGCAAAUACCGGAAUUGGCAAGGAGACGGCAAGGGACAUGGCCCGUCGGGGUGCACGAGUGGUCAUGGCUUGCCGGGACUUGAUUCGUGCGGAGAGGGCGGCCAAUGAAAUCCGUCGGUCCACUGGAAACUGCGAUAUCGUGGUGCGACAGCUUGACUUGGCUUCUCUGUACUCUGUAAGGCAGUUUGCAAAGGAGUACAAUGCUACUGAGGAGCGACUCGACGUACUUAUCAACAAUGCCGGUGUCAUGAUGUGCCCUAAAUGGCUUACAGAGGAUGGGUACGAAACACAGCUAGCUGUCAAUCACCUUGGACAUUUCCUCUUGACUAACCUCCUCCUUGGGAAGCUGAAGAGUUCAGCCCCCAGUCGUGUAGUUAAUGUUUCCAGUAUGGCUCAUAAGUGUGGGGAAAUACAUUUUGAUGAUCUGUGCUUUGAGAAGAGACCUUACAACGCAUUGGUGAGCUACAGGCAGAGCAAGCUGGCCAAUGUGCUUUUCUCUAAGGAGCUGGCAUGCAGGAUGAAAGGAACUGGGGUUUCCUCCUUCAGCCUACACCCUGGCAUUAUCCGCACAGAGCUGAGUCGACAUGUAGAAAGGUGGAGUCUUCUGCUUAAGGUGCUACUGGCCAUCCCCUGUAUGCUCCUGAUGAAGACACCAUGGCAGGGAGCACAGACGUCCAUCUACUGUGCCGUCACUGAGGGCCUGGAAGACAAAUCUGGGUGCUACUUCAGUGACUGUGCAGUUAAGGAACCUGCUCCAGAAGGAAACGACAGCCAGACAGCGCUGAGGCUAUGGGAGGUGAGCGUUCAGAUGGUGGCAUACACAGAGGAGACCUGACCUGACACAACGCACUCAAACCCAGCUGAGUUAUACACUGCAGUUGUAAUGUUUUUGCAUCCUCUGUUGGAAUUUUGAUUGGCAUCACAGAAGGAUGAUUAUUUCAAAGACUUUUUAGCUAAUGGAUCAGUUUAGAACCUCUAUAUCAGUGACCCCCGGAGAGGCCACAUUUUUGCUCCUUCCUAGAUUCAGGAAAAAUGAGGACUGUCUGCAAGGGAGCUUAAAGGGAGCAAAAAUGUGGUGUCUGGGGGUCCCAGGUUGGGAAACACUGCUCUGUAUAACUGGAAAGUCCAGACUAGGGAGCCUCCAAGUAGAUAUUUGGACUGAAUCCUUUUACAUGUAUUUUCUUAUGCAGGUUAAUCAGCAGUAUAUAAAAUGGACGGUGUUAUGUAAAUCAUAUAUUAACUGCAAGUAGUUGUACAACUAGAGGUGAAUUACACACAAUUUAAACAAUAUAUGAGAAACUUCAAUGAACUGUCAAUAAAGAACAUUGGUUGAUAGCACCUAUCAGCCUGUCCCUUUAAAAAAACAAAUGGAAUUCCAGCCAAUCAUGUGGAAGUCUUUUAAGAACAGGCAACCUAUGCCCAGCGAACACAGCAAGGUUGAUUGAUUGAGCAGGGCACAUGCUACUGUUUUGGUAAUAUUAUGGAAGAGAUGCUCCCUCAGAGGAAACAUCAGUGUUGGGGAAGAAAAUGACAGUCAGCUGCCACAACAUCUUCUUACAAAGGAGAUACUGUGGUUAAAUAAGGUAAAAAGAGUGUGGUGGUAAUUUGGCAAUUUGAAGUCUGGCAUGCAACAGGCUGGUGCUGUGUACGGUAAACUCAACAAACACUUGGCAAAAUACUGUGAACCACUCAAAGCAUCGCCAUCCAGAAGAACAUAUAAAAUGCACGUGUGUACAUUUACAAACACCAGCAAUUAGGGCUUCCUCUUCAAAUCUGAAUAUGGGAAAAAUAGCAUCCUGUAUCAUUUUAUUCUUUUUUUAUUA